AUGCAACAACCGAAUCGAGCAUCAUGUGAUAGUCGCCCUAUAUGUAUGGGCAUCAACUCCAAUCUUAGAGAUCAAAGGGUGUUGGGUAUGUCUAUGCGAUCAGAACGAGCAACUCUUGAUCAGAAUGAAGAGAAAGAUCAAAGAGAUAUUACUAGUUUCUUUCCGAAAAGAAAUAACACGAAAUCUGGAAAUCCCUCUACACCAAAUUCCAAUCGAUCUCAAGCAAAUCUUUCUCCAUCAAUUAAUAACCCAUCGACUCAAGAAACUAAUAAUGAUCCACAAAAUCAUGAGACUCAAGCCCCGAACGAACAACAAAGAUUGAUUGAAGUAGAUGCUACCGAUCUUCCUCAAGAUCCGGGGAAAAGAAAAAGAAUUGUUGAUUUCCAUCCAGAUGACAAAGAUAACGUUCGGAGGGUUUAUGGCGGAAGAAAACUUUAUCAGCCUGAAAAUCAUGAGUUCCCUUUCAGACCUUUUGGGCAAAAAAAUCGUCGAUUAAACAAAAAAUGGUUUGAGACGUAUAAAUCAUGGCUUAAGUAUAGUAUUGAAAAGGAUGCAGCUUUUUGUUUUCCUUGCUAUUUGUUCAAGGAACCAAACGAACCUGGCGGAGAUGCAUUUAUUAAUGAAGGAUUCAGAGCUUGGAACAAAACAAAUGCAUACGAAAAACAUAUUGCAGGGCAUAUGAGUGCUCAUAAUAAGGCUGUGAGAUCUCUAAAAGAUUUUGAAAAUCAAAAGGCUAACCUUCCAUCUCUCUUUGCUGACCAAUCAGAGGAGAACAAGAUUAAAUAUCGAGAGCGAUUACAAGCUUCUAUUAAAUGUUUGAAAUGGCUUUUACUUCAAGGUUUGCCUGCUCGUGGACAUAAGGAAAAUGAAACUUCUUCUAAUAGAGGUAACUUUCUUGAACUUCUAAGAUUUCUUGCCUCAGAAAAAGAAGAUGUUGCUUAA